AUGGCGGCUCCCGCUAGCUUGGCCGGUGGGUUCAUUUCCGUUUCCAGAAAACUCGCCACUUUUCUGUUCAAUUCAGUUUUUUUGGCUCAGGCGGCGACAGCGGUCCGCAACAUGGACUCGGAGAGACCAACCAAGCUGGAGUUUGCAGUGCAGAUGACAUGUGAGAGCUGCGCGCAGAAAGUCAGAGCAGCUUUGGAGGGGAAACCAGGAGUAAAGUCAGUCAGCGUUGAUGUCAGCAAAGAGGAGGUCCUGGUGGAGGCUGCUCUCACCAGCGCAGAAGUGCAGUCUCUCAUCGAGAGCACAGGACGCAGAGCCGUGCUGAAGGGGAUUGGGGGAUCAGAGCAAGAUCUGGGUGCAGCCGUGGCCAUGCUAGCUGGAGCUGGAUCGAUUCAGGGCGUGGUGCGUUUCUUGCAGCUGUCUGAAGAACACUGCCUGAUCGACGGGACCAUCGAUGGGUUGGAGCCGGGGCCCCACGGCCUGCAUGUCCACACCCUGGGGGACCUCACACAGGACUGCCUCAGCUGCGGCGAGCACUACAACCCAUUUGGAAAACAACACGGAGGUCCGGGGGACACUGAAAGGCAUGUCGGUGAUUUGGGGAACAUAGUGGCUGGACCAGAUGGCCGUGCUUCAUUCAGAUUAGAGGACAGUCAUCUUAAGGUUUGGGACGUGAUUGGUCGAUCGCUGGUUGUGGAUUCGGGGGAAGACGACCUGGGUCAAGGCGGUCACCCUCUCUCCAAGCUGACUGGAAACUCUGGUGACGGGCUGGCCUGUGGGAUCAUUGCCAGAUCAGCGGGCCUUUUCCAGAAUCCCAAAAAGAUUUGUGCCUGCGACGGGGUCACGCUGUGGGAGGAGAGAGACCGGCCGAUCGCCGGGAAAGGCCGCAGCAAGACAAACCCAGAGACACCCGCCGCACACCUCUGACUCUCACAGGGACGCGCCGACUGGUGUUUGGAAGCAGAAAUCGCCCUGCAGAGACACAGGGUGGAAAUUUUGUGGACAGUGGGUCAGAGAGACGAAAGUAGACGGAGAGCACUUAGGUCUCCAAACAGCCAGAGAAAGGACUUUAUAACAAUCUUGACAUUUUUGUGAUAAAAUCGAUUCUAUUGCACAGACCGUACCGUCCUCUGAAUAUUUCAAAUGCACCAACGCAAGUGGGUGGUUAUUGUUGUACUUUAUGGUGCGUUCUACAAUAUCUCUUGGAAAAUUCAAUUUGGCAUGUUUGUAAAAGUUGGAUUAGAAAAACCACUGAAAGCUAAGUUGGAAAACCCUUUACUGCAGACACCCUGCAGCUCACAGCCAUAACCCGUUUCCAGCAUCAGGGAAAUGUUUGUCCUUUAUAUUAUGUUUACUCAGAAAGAUUUGUCGGAGGGUUUUGCUGAAGAGACAUAAAUCUGGAACAUUGACUAGCAUUUGGAGCGAGCCCAUUUUGUGGCACGAGAGAUUAAAGUCGGCUGGAGGAAGACCCGAAUCCAACCAGAGCGAAAGGGCAAAAGGGGCUAAUUGAGAGAGAGAGGCCUUAAGGGAAUGUGUUCUCAGCUGGGUUUUUUUUUUUUUUUUUUUUUUGCAUUCAGUGUGAAGUUUCCCUACUGCUGCACUGCCAGCCUCAGGAGCAUAACACUGAGGUGAACCGAGUUCACAUUCCCACUUCGCUUGUGACAUUGUGAUAAAUGAAUGUAUUAUGAUAACCAAACUACACCCUGCUUACUGUCAGUGUAUAUUUCUUCUUGAUUAAAAGAUCGAUAUCAGGACGUAAUGCUGUGUGUGUGUGUGUGUGUGUGUGUGUGUGUGUGUGUGUGUGUGUGAAGCAAAUUUGACAUUGAUUUUUCCAAAUUGAGCAUUUGUCUUGUUCUGCUGAUGGCUGAGUGGGCUUGUUGAAUGCCCUCCAAAAUGUAAAAUCGUUGUCUUUUUCCAUUUGUGUCUGAGCGGCGGGGCCGCGCGAAUGUAUUCACACCCCGUCGCUUUUCCACAUUUUUCCGCAAACGUCAAUGUAUUUUUAUGUCUAAUGACAAAAGAGCUUUAAGACUAUAUUGCAUACGGACACAAUGAACUUGGCUGGAAUAUUUUUAUGGGAUUUUGGUGCAGUAUUGUGAAGUGGAAGGAAAAGCAUAUGUGGUUGUCAAAGUGUUCAAAUAAAAAUCUGAAAGGUG